AUGAACAUAAUGAACAAUGACAAGUUGAAUGCUGCAGCUCUAGAGGGAGACAUAAACCUUCUCUACACACUAAUUCAAGAGGAUCCACACAUUUUAAACCACAAUGAUUCAACACCAUUUAUUGACACCCCUUUGCAUAUUGCUUCAUCUUGUGGGCAUCUUCACUUUGUCACCGAAAUUAUGAGAUUGAAACCUUCAUAUGCUUGGAAACUAAAUCAACAAGGACUCGCUCCAAUUCACCUUGCUUUACUACACGGUCAUAACCCAGUGGUUCUUCGCUUUGUAGACAUUAACAAAGACCUUGUUAGAGUCAAAGGGAGGGAAGGGAUCACUCCUAUACAUCUUGUGUCUCAGGUUGGAUAUGUUGACCUUUUAGUUCACUUUCUAUUGCUUUGUCCAGAUUCCAUUCAAGAUGUUAAUGUUAGAAGUGAGACUUCAUUGCAUAUUGCUGUGAGAAAUGAACAAUAUGAGGCUCUUCAAGUUUUGGUUGGGUGGCUCAAGAUAAAUGAUGAGAAAAGUGCUAUGGAUUUUGAAGAAACAUUGUUGAACUGGAAGGAUGAUGUAGGCAACACCAUUUUGCAUGUUUCUGUGCAAACUAAUAACUUACAGGCACUGCAAUUGUUGGUAGAGACUAAUAUAGAUUUCGGGGCCAAAAAUUCAGAGAACAAAACAGCAUUAGACAUAGCAGCCAAUGAAGAGAUCAAAAGCAUAUUAGAAAGAGCUGGAGCAAAACGUGACACACCAGUCACUGAACAUGCUCCAACCUUUGUACAUAAACUGAAAUCAAAUAUCACAGUUCUGGACAGAAUAAUAAUCCUUAUAUUUCGCAUUAGAAGGGACUUAACAGAGGACCAACGCAAUGCUUUUCUAAUUGUUGCUGCUCUUGUGGCGACUGCAGCCUAUCAAUCAGCAUUGAGUCCUCCUGGUGGAGUUUAUCAAGCUAAUGGUGGAGACAGUUCCAUCAAGUUCAUGGCUACAGCGCCACGAGGAAAUGCUGGGAGAUCAGUGAUGGAUGGAGGUGAUUUCCUUGCAUUAUCAUUGCUGAAUACACUUGCUUUUUUGAUAUCAACUUUGGUAAUUUUUGUUCUGACUCCAAAUGGUAAAAUGCGCAAAAUUCUGUUUGCGCCAAUGUUUUGGUUUGCCAAUUGCUACCUUUAUUCUAUGUCUGUGAUAUCCCCUAACUAUGCUUCCAUACUGGUUUAUUAUAUUCUGUUGUUUUUGCUCAAUUUGUUGACUCUUGUAGUGUGUUUCUCUUUUCCUGUAGUGUACAAGAGACUUUGGGAUCCUGCUAACAGGAAAGUUGUAACAAAAAAUAGUAUGAAACGGAAUAAUGUGUGGUAG